GUGACGCACGACAUACACCAGGAAGGAACAGGCUGUCCUAAUUGCACGUGGAUUUGUGUCCAUUUAUUUAUCUAACGGUUAACAUAACACGAACUGCUUUUCUCUGAUAUGAGGAUGCUUUUGGAGAACAGCUCUCUGCUUAUCAGGACUGACAGGCAAGAUAGCUGUUAAAACUCCUGAGUGCCAGUCUUCCAGCUCUGGACACUGACCAGCUACUAAACUCAGUGGUGGAGUCCCGAUAUAAUUUAUUUGGUGGAACUGACAGACAAAAAUGGCACUAACUAACGUUAGCUCACAAGCCAAAUAUUGAAUUAACUUUUCUGGACAAUUUACUCAAGCCUGGGAAAGAGCUUGAGGCGAUACCAGUAAAACUGCAAACUGUCUGAUAGUUUGCUAAAAAUAUAUACGUAUUCACCCCAAAACAUUAUAAAACAAAUACAGUUACGGAGUUUUAAACUCCUUGAUACAACAUUUUCAGCACACUUUUCAACUUUAGCAGCAAAGACUUCUCGACUACACCGCGAGAUUAGAGUGAUAGAAUCGCGAGACUGGAAGAACUCAUUUGGCAACGGGAUAAUAGGUGGGAUUUUGAAAAUAAAGUAAAUGAAAACAUUUUAUGCACAACAUCUCUCUCAAACCGUUAAUUGUAUAAAAUGCAACUGAAAUCUAUGUUCAUAAUAUAGUUAAAAAAAAACAAAAAAUAUAAUCAACAUCCCCCUCCCCACUUUGUCUCGCCCUCCCCACCCUGAGAUCCUUCCAGAAGUCGCCGGCAGACCCGUGCGACCAGGUGUUCAGCAACACUCCACUUUUUCACCGAUAAUAGUCCGAAUUUCAGCCAUUGGACACUUCUGAAGUGUCGCCGUCUUUCAGCCAAAAAUGUCCGCUAUGGGGCAGCUCGCGUUCGAUGAGUAUGGACGGCCGUUCAUCAUCAUCAAAGACCAGGAUAAGAAGACUCGCUUAUCGGGCCUUGAUGCACUGAAGUCUCACAUCAUGGCAGCAAAGGCGGUUGCCUCGACGCUGAGGACGUCACUAGGACCAAACGGCCUGGACAAGAUGAUGGUUGACAGGGAUGGGGAGGUGACUGUCACCAACGACGGAGCCACCAUCCUCAGCAUGAUGGAUGUGGACCACCAGAUCGCCAAGCUCAUGGUGGAGCUCUCCAAGUCUCAGGACGACGAGAUCGGAGACGGGACCACCGGAGUCGUUGUGCUGGCUGGUGCUCUCCUGGAGGAGGCAGAGCAGCUGCUGGACAGGGGCAUCCACCCCAUCCGUAUCUCUGAUGGUUACGACCAGGCUGCCAAGAUUGCCAUUGCGCAGCUGGACAAGAUUAGCGAGACUUUUCCUUACGACCCCAGCAACACAGAGCCGCUCAUCCAGACCGCCAUGACCACACUAGGUUCCAAAGUGAUCAACCGCUGCCACAGACAGAUGGCGGAGAUCGCGGUGAACGCCGUCCUAACUGUGGCGGACAUGAACCGUAAGGACGUGGACUUUGAGCUGAUCAAGAUGGAGGGCAAGGUGGGAGGCAAGCUGGAGGACACCCAGCUCAUCAAGGGAGUCAUCAUAGACAAGGAGUUCAGCCACCCUCAGAUGCCCAAGCUCCUGAAAGACACAAAGAUGGCCAUCCUGACCUGCCCGUUUGAGCCCCCUAAGCCCAAGACCAAGCACAAGCUGGACGUGACCUGUGUGGAGGAAUACAAGGCCCUGCAGAAGUACGAGAAGGACAAGUUCCUGGAGAUGAUCAAACAGAUCAAGGAUACUGGCGCUAACCUGGCCAUCUGCCAGUGGGGCUUUGAUGACGAGGCUAACCACCUGCUGCUGCAGAAUGAGCUGCCCGCCAUCCGCUGGGUCGGGGGGCCUGAGAUCGAGCUGAUUGCCAUAGCGACAGGAGGCCGCAUCGUGCCGCGGUUCUCUGAGCUGACCGCCGAGAAGCUGGGUUCAGCCGGCGUCGUCAAGGAGAUCUGCUUCGGCACCACCAAGGACCGCAUGCUGGUCAUCGAGGAGUGCAAGAACUCCAGGGCAGUCACCAUCUUCAUCCGCGGAGGAAACAAGAUGAUCAUUGAGGAGGCUAAGCGCGCGUUGCAUGACGCACUGUGUGUCAUCCGUAACCUGGUCAGGGACAACCGCAUCGUGUACGGGGGCGGAGCCUCUGAGAUCGCCUGUGCCCUCGCCGUCAACCAGGCCGCUGACAAGUGCCCAUCUCUGGAGCAGUAUGCCAUGCGUUCGUUUGCUGAUGCCCUGGAGGUGAUCCCCAUGGCCCUGGCAGAGAACAGCGGGCUCAACUCCAUCCAGACCAUGACUGAGGUCCGUGCCAGGCAGGUCACGGAGUCCAACCCAGCCCUGGGCAUCGACUGUCUGCACCUCAACACCAACGACAUGAAGCAGCAGCAUGUUAUUGAGACUCUUCAUGGGAAGAAGCAGCAGAUCUCUCUGGCCACACAGGUAGUCAAAAUGAUCCUGAAGAUAGAUGACAUCAGAAGCCCUGGAGAGUCAGAAGACUAGGGACCUCUCACUGAGCGCAUGCUCGGCCUGGUCUUCUAGAACUUUUCUUCUAAUUUAGAAUGUUCUGGAGCAGAGGCAUUCUAGAAUGGCUGUGGUUAUAGAAUGUUCUGGAACUCAAAUGCAGAGUUCUAGAAUGUUCCUGUGAUCUAGAGAAGCCUUUAGGCACUUGUCGAGCACUGUGUCCAACCCUGAGUACUGUUAUUUAUCAUUUGAUACUGAACCCCCCCCCCCCCCCCCCCCCCCACACACACACACACACAGACACACCAGCUCUUGUAAUGCUGAAGUCAUCAAUAAAAUGUUGGUCUGUGCAAUUUCUUUCUUGUGGAUUGCCCCCCUCCCCAAUACAAUACUAUUAAUUGAUUCUGUUUAGUACACUCUUGUA